CAGACAAGGGCCUGGAAUUAUGUGCUUGGAACUGCAUCAGAAGAGUCAGAGAAGUCUUUCCUAAAGAGGUAACAUGAACUGGGUACUGAAGACUGAGUAGGAGUUGACCAUUUGGGAGGCAGGGAGGCCUCUAAGCAGAAGGUACAACUUAUGCAACAGUUUGGGUGCAUAAAAACACAGGCUGGGCGGAACAAAGGAAUAGAAAGGAAAUAGAAGGAAACUCUAGAUUUGGUAUGGGAGCAAGGGAAAGGCUGGGCAGGAACUGGAGCAUGGCAGGCCUUGAACAUCAAGCUGAGGAGCUUUUGCUUCCUCCUGAGUGUGAUGGGGAACUAUGGAGUGUUUCUGAGCAGGGGUGUGAUAAUGUCAGGUUAGUGUUGGAAGGUGAUCCCCUCUGGAUUAGUCAGAACCAGGGGACUGGCUCAGCCAGGCUCCCUUGGUCAAGGCUGAAAAGUAGGCAGUUUUAGGGGAUGGAGUGAUUUUGAGCCUUAGGCCCUGGGGAAAGGGUGGGGGAUAAGGCCCAGGAAGGAGUGUUCCUGAACUUGAAAGGGCCCACCUCCCCAAGACCAGUCUUCAGCCUUGAUGUGACCUGAUUCAGUUAAACAAAGCCAGGGAGAGGGGACAAGGCCUGGGUGAUUUGUCAGCUCACUGCACCUGAGGUAACCAUUAAUCUCUCCCCUGGGAGAAUCCAAGGGCUGGUCCCUUGAGAGGCAGAUGUUGGCCAGAAUGGAGGAGCACACAGAGGCAGGCUUGCCACCAGAGGUGGGGGAGCAGAGGGCCUUAAUUGACAACCCUGCUGACAUCCUGGUCAUUGCUGCCUAUUUCCUGCUGGUCAUUGGUGUUGGCUUGUGGUCCAUGUGCAGAACCAACAGAGGCACCGUGGGCGGCUACUUCCUGGCAGGACGAAGCAUGGUGUGGUGGCCGGUUGGGGCCUCUCUCUUCGCCAGCAACAUCGGCAGUGGCCACUUUGUGGGCCUUGCGGGGACGGGUGCUGCAAGCGGCUUGGCUGUGGCUGGAUUUGAGUGGAACGCGCUGUUUGUGGUGCUGCUACUUGGCUGGCUCUUUGCGCCGGUGUAUCUGACCGCUGGAGUCAUUACGAUGCCACAGUACCUACGCAAGCGCUUUGGUGGCCACCGUAUUCGCCUCUACCUGUCCAUGCUAUCGCUUUUUCUGUACAUCUUCACCAAGAUUUCGGUGGACAUGUUCUCCGGGGCAGUAUUCAUUCAACAGGCUCUGGGCUGGAACAUCUAUGCCUCCGUCAUUGCGCUCCUGGGCAUCACCAUGGUCUACACUGUGACAGGAGGGUUGGCAGCACUGAUGUACACCGAUACCGUGCAGACCUUCGUUAUUCUCGGGGGGGCCUUCAUCCUCAUGGGUUACGCUUUCCACGAGGUGGGAGGGUAUUCGGGGCUUUUCGACAAAUACUUGGGGGCAAUGACGUCGCUGACGGUGUCCGAGGAUCCGGCGGUGGGCAACAUCUCCAGCUCCUGCUACCAACCUCGGCCUGACUCCUACCAUCUGCUCCGGGACCCUGUCACGGGGGACCUACCAUGGCCCGCUCUGCUCCUGGGACUUACCAUCGUCUCUGGCUGGUACUGGUGCAGUGACCAGGUCAUCGUGCAGCGCUGCCUGGCGGGGAAGAACUUGACCCACAUCAAGGCGGGUUGCAUCCUGUGCGGCUACCUGAAGCUGAUGCCCAUGUUCCUCAUGGUCAUGCCGGGCAUGAUCAGCCGCAUCCUUUACCCAGAUGAAGUGGCAUGUGUGGUGCCUGAGGUGUGUAAGCGCGUAUGCGGCACUGAGGUGGGCUGCUCCAACAUCGCCUACCCGCGGCUCGUCGUGAAACUCAUGCCCAAUGGUCUGCGUGGACUCAUGUUGGCGGUCAUGCUGGCUGCGCUGAUGUCCUCGCUGGCCUCAAUCUUUAACAGCAGCAGCACACUUUUCACCAUGGAUAUCUACACGCGCCUGCGGCCUCGUGCAGGGGACCGCGAGUUGCUGUUAGUAGGACGGCUCUGGGUGGUGUUCAUCGUGGCAGUGUCGGUGGCCUGGCUGCCUGUGGUGCAGGCAGCACAAGGCGGGCAGCUCUUCGACUAUAUGCAGGCAGUCUCCAGCUACCUGGCGCCACCUGUGUCCGCGGUCUUCGUGCUGGCGCUCUUUGUACCCCGCGUCAAUGAGAAAGUGAGCAUGUGUGUACAUUGUUUGCUUGGUGCAGGGCUUGGGUAUCAGAAGUGGCUGAUGCUCUCUAUCCCACAGGGUGCCUUCUGGGGGCUGAUUGGGGGCCUGCUGAUGGGUCUGGCGCGCCUUAUUCCGGAGUUUUCCUUUGGCUCUGGCAGCUGCGUUCAACCCUCCAUGUGCCCAGCUCUCCUCUGUGGGGUGCAUUACCUCUACUUUGCCAUCGUGCUCUUUGUCUGCUCUGGCCUCCUCACUCUUGUAGUCUCACUGUGCACAGCACCCAUCCCGCGCAAGCACCUCCACCGUCUGGUUUUCAGUCUCCGGCACAGCAAGGAGGAGCGGGAGGACCUGGAUGCCGAUGAGGAGGAAGAUCCAGCCUCAACUCCUGUACAGAAUGGGCAUGCUGAGCAUGCAGUAGAGAUGGAGGAGUCCCAAUCCCCAGCACCAGGCCUGUUUCGCCAAUGCCUGCUCUGGUUCUGUGGAAUGAGCAGGGGUGGGGCAGGUAGUUCCCCACCCCCGACGCAGGAGGAGGUAGCUGCAGCAACCAGGCAGCUGGAGGACAUCAGUGAGGACCCAAGAUGGGCUCGUGUGGUCAACUUCAAUGCCCUGCUCAUGAUGGCCGUGGCCACGUUCCUCUGGGGCUUUUACGCCUGAGGCCAACUGUGCUGGGACACCAUGAACACAAUGGCCAGGGCAGGAGGGAAGGAGGAAGGCCACAGUUCCCCUUCUAAUUUGUCUUUGCCUGGAGCCCAAUCCAUCUGAUUGGCAAUUAUAUACUGAGGCCUUGGCCAACCAGCCACAGCUGGUCCCCACGCAAAAAUAAAACUGCCUUUUUCCCAUGC